CAGGUUCAAUGCGGACAGUGUCUUAUGAGCCCACGUUGCCUCAGCCACUGUAGAUAGAUCAUGAGUUUCAACAGGGUCAGAAAACCGGCCUCAUUGGCCAUGUACCAUCCAGCCUCCUCCCAGGACCCGUAUAGUACAGACAGAGUUGAUAAGAUUUACAGUAAACCAUAAUCAACUUGUGUCAACAAAAAACACAGUGGGAAAAAUGUGCGUGGGCAAAACAGGGCGUGGGUAGUUGGGUAGGUGUGUGUGAGUGUGUUCUGGUGACAGGUAGGGUGGAUAGGUACAUUUGCAUCACCUGACUCCAGGUGAUCCUGAAUAAAUAUUUGCUGACUGAGGAGACUGUGACUGAUCAGUAUCGACAUUUUCGGAUUUACCAAGAAGUCUGGACGGUCAUUUGGUUAAUAGGAAAUUGUCCUGUUCAUUUCUGAUCCGAGGUGUUUGAUAAGAGGCAGAACUAUGGAGUAUCCUCUGGUGUGGGUUCUCAUCCUGGUGCUGCUCAACUUCACUACAGAUGUCUCUGGCCAGGUGGUGGUUCCCUCGAUGAACCCCUUAGCUGUGGGCAGUAAUGUCACCCUGAACCUAGUUCCUCAAAGCCCCAUCAACAUAGGGACCUGGUCAUAUGAAACUACAAUCAUCGUACUUUUCUAUCCUGGUGGCAGUAGUGUGAGUACAAGUUAUCAAAGCAGAGUCUCAUUCAGCCGUUCCUCCUCAGAGCUGUCCAUAAGCUCUCUCCAACUCAACGACUCAGGACGAUAUACCGUGCAGGGAAUGGAGCCAGUCCUGAAAGCUGUGGUGACUUUGUCUGUCCAGGAGCCCAUUUCAAACGUGACUCUAAGGGCCAACGCCACUGAUCUAGUGGAAUUGAACGACACUGCCAUUUUCACCUGCUCUGUCUCGUCUGGCACCUCCCUCUCCUACCGCUGGCUGAAUGGCAGCUCAGAAGUCACAGCCAGUGACAGAGUUCGGCUUGGUGGUGGGAACAGCACUCUCACCAUAAUCAGUGUGACACGAUAUGAUGAAGGGCCGUUCAGAUGUGAGGUCAUCAAUGGAAUCAGCAAUGGCACCAGCCAGCCCAUUGGCCUCAAUGUUAGAUAUGGCCCAAGUAACCUCACCAUGAUGGUAGUUCCUGAGAUGACCAUAGGACAUACAGCCUACAAGACGGGCUCUGACAUCACUCUGUCCUGCUCCGCUCAGUCCAAACCCGCUGUGUCCUACAAGUGGAGGUUUAAUGGGACGUUCCUCAACGAGCAAAGCCCACAGCUCAGCCUGCAGAACACCAGAGAGAACCAGACAGGAAGUUACGCCUGCUUAGCUUACAACAAUGUCACACUCCGAUACGCCACCACGAGCACAAUGAUAAAGAUUGUGGAGCCGAUAUCAGCGGUGUCGUUGAACCGUGAUGGGAAGCCACCGAUACUGGAUCAGUCGUUCACUCUGCGGUGUGAGGUGACUGGACCUGUAGACUACAUUCACUGGUUGAUGAAUGGCCAGCUCAUCUCCCUAAACAACAGAACAUUCUUCUCUACGGGCAACAAGACAAUGGUUAUCAAUCCAAUCCAGUUGUCUGACAAUGGAGAAUAUCUCUGUGAGGCCUUUAAUGCUGUCAGCAACCUGACCAGCAUGACUUACAAGCUUGUGGUAAACUUUGGACCAGAGAGACCUGCUGUAACUAGUCCGGAUAUAGCAAUGACAGGACACAGCGUGACCUUCAACUGCUCAGCCUCCUCUCAGCCUCCCAGUCAGUUCAGUUGGAUCUUCAAUGACUCCCAGGUGGGGGCUGGCUCAGUGUAUGAGACUGGCGCACUGAUCUUAGCCAAUAAUGGAGAGUACACCUGUGUGGCCUUCAACAACAUCACUGGCAGAAACAGAACUGUCUCCAAGAUGCUCACCAUCAUUGAACCUGUGACCAUGACCAUGGUGAAAGUCAUUGGAGCCCAGCCAAUACUGAACGAGAGAUUCUCUCUGACCUGUGGCACCGCUGGAACGGUUUACUCCAUUCAGUGGAUGAGGAACGGCUGGCCUCUGUAUGCUGACAACAGAACAGACUUCUCUAUGAACAACAAUACACUGACAUUCAACUCAUUACAGCAUUCUGACAACGGAGACUAUCAGUGUUCUGCCUCCAAUCCCCUCAGCAACAUGACCAGCCCAGAAUACAGACUGAUCGUCAACUAUGGUCCAGAGAGACCUGUUAUUAUGAGUCCGGAUAUAGCAAUGACAGGAUACAUCGUGACCUUCAACUGCUCAGCCUCCUCUCAGCCUCCCAGCCAGUUUAGCUGGUUCUUCAAUGACUCUCAGCUGGAGACUGGCUCAGUGUAUGAGACUGGUCCACUGACCUUAGCCAGUCAAGGGGAGUACACCUGUGUGGCCUUUAACAAUGUCACUGUCAGAAACAGCACUGUCUCCAAGAUGCUCACCGUCAUUGCACCUGUGACCAUGACCAUGGUGAAAGUCAUUGGAGCCCAGCCAAUACUGAACGAGAGAUUCUCUCUGACCUGUCUCACCGCUGGAACGGUUUACUCCAUUCAGUGGAUGAGGAACGGCUGGGAUCUGUAUGCUGACAACAGAACAGACUUCUCUAUGAACAACAAUACACUGACAUUCAACUCAUUACAGCAUUCUGACAACGGAGACUAUCAGUGUUCUGCUUCUAACCCCCUUAGUAACAUGACCAGCCCAAACUAUAGACUGAUCGUGAACUAUGGACCAGAGAUGCCUGUUAUAACGGGACCAGCAUUAGGAGAAACAGGACACAACUUGACCUUAAACUGCCUGGCCUCCUCUCAGCCUCUCAGCCAGUUCAGCUGGUUCUUCAAUGGCUCCCAUGUGGCGACUGGCUCAGUGUAUGAGACGGGCCCUCUGACUUUAGCCAGUCAAGGGGAGUACACCUGUGUGGCCUUCAACAAUGUCACUGUCAGAAACAGCACUGUCUCCAAGAUGCUCACCAUCAUUGCACCUGUGACCAUGACCAUGGUGAAAGUCAUUGGAGCCCAGCCAAUACUGAACGAGAGAUUCUCUCUGACCUGUGGCACCGCUGGAACGGUUUACUCCAUUCAGUGGAUGAGGAACGGCUGGCCUCUGUAUGCUGACAACAGAACAGACUUCUCUAUGAACAACAAUACACUGACAUUCAACUCAUUACAGCAUUCUGACAACGGAGACUAUCAGUGUUCUGCUUCUAACCCCCUUAGUAACAUGACCAGCCCAAACUAUAGACUGAUCGUGAACUAUGGACCAGAGAUGCCUGUUAUAACGGGACCAGCAUUAGGAGAAACAGGACACAACUUGACCUUAAACUGCCUGGCCUCCUCUCAGCCUCUCAGCCAGUUCAGCUGGUUCUUCAAUGGCUCCCAUGUGGCGACUGGCUCAGUGUAUGAGACGGGCCCUCUGACUUUAGCCAGUCAAGGGGAAUACACCUGUGUGGCCUUCAACAACAUUACUGGCAGAAACAGCAAUGCUUCCAAGAUGCUCACCGUCAUUGAGGCUAUAAAGUCAGUGAUGGUGAAACGAAACAAAAUUCCAAUAUCAUCUGACAACCUAACCCUGACCUGUGAUGUCACCGGGCGCUAUGACACCAUCUACUGGAUGAAGGACAACCUGUCUCUGGUCCUGAACAACACCUUGAACUCUGACAUAACCAUCUCUAACAACUCUCUGCACUUCAGUCCAGUCAAGGUGUCUAACGAUGGAAACUAUCAGUGCGUUGCCACCAAUCUCUUUGGUCCACACACCAGCCCUAAAUACCAGCUACGGGUGAACUAUGGCCCCCUGAGUGUGAACAUCUCUGGCCCAGUCUCAUUGGUGGUUGGUUCAGUAAUCACAGUCACGCUGAAGUGUUCUGCUGACUCCCGGCCAACCAGCGAUUACGGGUGGAUAUUCAACAACCAAUCAGUGCUAGGGACUGGUCCUUUGAUGGCUGUUAUCGCCUCCUUGGAGAAUGCAGGGGACUACACUUGUGUGGCCAAGAACCCUGUGACCAAUAUCUCUAUGUCCAAGACCAUUAGUCUGGAUGUCACUGGCCACUCGCCUGCCCCUCCAUUCCUGUCCAGAGUUGGUCUGAUGCUGACGGCCCUGCUAGCCCUCUCUCUCUGCCUCUGAUCAACCACUGAGACCACCACAGUAAGCACACUGCAUGUCUGUCUGCUGGCUGGGAGCCAAUCACUCUCUACCUUCACUGACUCCCCUCACUGAAAAAGGACUGGAUAGAAAUAAGUGAUUUUGUUUAUAUUGUACUUGCCCCAUCUUGCCACCAUAGGGCUGGGUUUAGUAUGCCCAGCUCCUUUCCAAUGCUUUUACAUUGUGAGGAGAGAGAACAAGAGGUCAGAUGGGAGGGGUCUAUCCCCUUAGAAUAGAACCCACCUCGACAGUGUGUUUUUGUCAAUCAUCUCUAUAAAUAAAAACAAAAAUCUUGAAAACUGGUCUUCAACAUGAUAAAUGAAAGGGCAAACAUCCACUGCUCAGCAGCACUGCCUAGUUCUGUUUCUAAAAGUUCUUAGAUAUUUACUGCCCUUGUGACUGUGACUGUUGCCCUGGAGUCCAUUCACUGAGUCCCUUUCUGUGUUCUGUGUUUGAUCAUGUAUGUAAACGCUGUUAUUUAAGUACAAAUUCAGGUUUAAUUAACUUGUAAAUACCUUAAAGGUAAAAACAUUUAAAUUGAUAGUACAGUUAACUGGUGUUUAUGUAAAAAAUGACUUGUUUUUGCAUAAGCUUGUAGAUUCUCGGAGGAGAAGCAGGCUUGUGCUGUUGUCUUAUGUUAAUAUUUCCUCUUCAUUAAUUAUUGUCUUAAAUAAAGUGUUGUCUUUUCACACCUGUCCUACUGAA